AUGGAGCAUACACUUCUUAUUCUUUGGCUCCAAAUACAUCUUUUUUGUAUAUUUCCAGUAAUAUUAACUCAGCAAUCAUCAGAUUUCUUUCCAUACUAUACUCAAAAUGAUACAAAUAGAAUUGAAAAGAACGCUGAUGGACUUUUCAUUUAUGAUCAUCUUGAUGAUGAUCAACAUACUUCUGGUAAUCAUUCCAUUCAUCGUCGACAAAUUUCAUUAAAUAUUGUUUCAUCACAAUUUGCACGAAUACCUAUUACGCCAUCAUAUAUUAUAAUAGGUCCACGUACUGUUCGACCAGCACAAUUAGUUGCAUUAAGUGUAACUAUUUUACGUGAUGAAUGGAAUCCAAUGAUGGUUAAAGCAUUAAUAUCAAAUGAUGAUAUGGAUGUUGCUGCAGCUGAAGAUCUAUUUUUUGUUGGUGUACCACGUUCAUUAGAAAUGCGCAUACCAAAUAAUGUUCGUAGUGGAACAUAUCGUUUAACACUUGAAGGAAAAUUAUUAACAGGUGAACAAAAAUUUUAUAAUGUUUCACAAUUAAUAUUUGAACAAAAAGCUGUAACUAUACUUAUACAACUUGAUCGACCUGUUUAUCGUCAUGAAACAGUUGUACAAUUUCGUUGUAUACCUAUAUAUCCUGAUUUAAGUGGUUAUUAUCAUACAAUUGAUGUUUAUAUGCACGGUCCAUCAGGACAUAUCUUACGUAAAUGGGAAAAUCAACAAACAACAGCUGGCAUGGUUUCGCUUGAAUAUCCAAUUAAUGAUGCACCACCAGAAGGUAUUUGGACAAUAAAAUGUCGUGUUAUGGGUUAUGAGGCAACGAAAACAUUUGAACUUUAUGAAUUUUAUGCUCGAAAAUUUGAAGUUAAUGUUACUGUUCCAUAUUAUUUACCAACAGAUACUCCUGGUGUUGGUGGAAUUGUUACAGCUAAUUAUUCAACUGGUAUGGGUGUACUUGGUUAUGCUCGAGUUGUUGUUCGUGCACGUGAUAUGUCUGUUCCAUAUGAUCCACGAGCAAAUCCAUUAAAAGAUGUUGAAUUUGAUCAUUCAACACCAUCAUUUGUAACAACAAUUGAUGAUUUUAAUGGUGUUGCUGGAUUUUUUAUUCCAAUUGCUACUAUUCGUACACUUGUACCUGAUCUAGAUGGAAAAGAAAUAUUAAUAACAGCACUUGUUCGUGAUCCAUGGUGGAAUGAAACAAAUAAUGGUACUACUGUUGUUUCAUUCUAUAGGCCUGGUACACGUUUACAUUUUCUGGGUGGUCCAUCAAUGGUUUUUAAACCUCGUAUGAUUUUUACAACUUAUGUUGCUGCUGUUAAUGCUGAUGGAUCAAAAUUUCCUCCUGGACUUGGUCGAUUUAUUCGUAUAUAUACAGAAACUGAUAAUGGUCCAACACAACCUCCUGCUGAUUAUAUAAUUGAUUCAUCAGCUAUAGUUUCACAUCAAUUUCUAGCACCAGCUGAUCCAUCAAUAUUAUUUAUAACUCUUCGGGCUGAACUAUAUGAUAAUAAUAUAAAAGUCGUUGGUAGUGAUGAUGAACAACGUGCUAUACGUUAUUUAUCACCAUCAAAUAGUUAUUUACAAGUAACAUCAAGUACGGGAACACCACGUGUUGGUGAUUUUAUGUUAUUUCGUGUUAAUAUAACACAAUAUGUUGAUUAUGUUUAUUAUCAUAUAACAUCAGCUGGCAAAUUAAUUUUUACUAAUAUUCUUCCAAUGGAUGGUGCUAAACAAAAAACAUUUGAUGUUGGUGUUAGUCGUGAAAUGGCACCGUCAGCUCAUAUACUUGUUUAUUAUGUACGUUAUGAUGGUGAAAUUGUUGCAGAUAGUAUGAAUUUUCAUGUAAAUACAUCAUCAGUUACCAAUCGUGUUAAUAUAACAAUAAAUCGACGAAAAGAUUUUACAGGAAAUACUAUUGAAGUACUAGCAUAUGCAUCACCACAAUCAUUUGUUGCAUUUGCUGGCCUUGGUCUUGUGCAGACACGUUUAUUUCCACCAGGAAAUCAAAUUACUCCAGUUAUGCUUUACGAUGAAUUAUAUUCAUUUGAUCAUUAUGCAACAACAAGUUUUCAACAUACAUGGUAUUCUGAAAUAAAUAUACCAACAAAUCGAGUAUUUUUUCCAUCGCAAUCAUAUGGUUAUGAUGCUGGUUCAACAUUUAAUUCAUCUGGUAUGCAAAUGUUUACUGAUGUUAAUGUUCAAGCAAUACAAACAGCAUGUGCACAAAAUGGUUUACUACAAUGUGCAGAUGGUACAUGUUAUCCACCACCAUUAAAAUGUAAUGGUAUUCUUGAUUGUCGAGAUGCAUCAGAUGAAGUUAAAUGUAAUACAACAACAACAAUUAGUCAAUAUGAUUUUACUCCAUUAUAUCGUCGUUUAUGGCCAUAUUGGGAACGUGAAUUACAACUUGAUUUUAUGUGGCAUCAACAAUUUGCUUAUCCAGAUGGUCGUGUACAAUUUCGUACAACAGUACCAAAUGUAAUUGCAACAUGGGUAAUAACAGCAGUUGCUGUUAGUCGUUUAACAGGUUUUGGUGUUCUUGAUGUACCAUUUAUAUAUGAAGGUACAAGACAAUUCUUUAUUAAAGUUGAAAUUCCACCUAUUGUUCGACUUGGUGAACAAAUUGGUGCACGUGUUGAUGUAUUUAAUUUUCAAUCACAUCGUAUUGAAGCAUUAAUUAUCUUACAUGCAUCAGAUCAUUAUCGUUUUAUUAAUCUUGAUCAAAAUGGUGUUGUAUCAUCUUAUGCACCAAGAUUAACUGAAGGACAACAUCAUGUAUUAGUUAUUUUAUAUCCAAAUGAAGUACGACGACUUUAUCUUCCAUUUGUACCAAUUGUAGCUGGUGAAGUAGAAAUAAUGAUUGAAGGUAUAACUGGUGUUUCAAGAGAUUUUUAUCGUGAAGUAAUUAAAGUUAAUUAUGAAGGUUUACGUAAUUAUUAUCAUACACCAACUGUAUUAUUACUUAAUAAUCUACCUCGACAAUUAAAUGAAUAUGAUAUAACUGUUCCUCAAAAUUUUAUAACUACAUUAGAAAAUAUGUGGGAUUAUGUACCUGGUUCAGGUACAUGCGAAGUAUUUGUUUCUGGUGAUGUUUCUGGCCCAUUUUUCUUAUUGGGUUAUGAUGAAUGGUUAAAUACAGAUAAUUUAAUUCAACGUACAACUGCUCCAGCUGAUUCAGGAAUAUUUGAUUUUGCUAUGAUGAUUUAUAAUCUUCGUUAUAUGUUACAAGGUCAUGGUGGUCGUGCAUUUGAUCAAGAAAAAUUAAUGAAAGUUUUAACAUUUGCUAAUAUGGAAUAUCUGCGUUUUAUGGCAAUGUAUACUGGUGAUAAUCCAACUGAACCAUGGCGCCAAGGUUCAUUUAGUCAAUUUGGUUUUACAAAUGAAACAUCUGUUGAAUUAACAUCAUGGGCAUUAAUGACAUUACGUGAUGCUGUUUAUCCUGAAUGGGAAGAAAAAGCUUUAUUUAUUGAUCCAAAUCUUCGUGCAGAUAUUGUUGGUUUUCUUUUAACUGUUCAACAACCGAAUGGUUCAUGGGCAGAAAUAACAACAUAUAGUGAUAGAAAUAAAUUUGGUAUACGUUAUACAAAUAUAAGUGGAACAUAUCAACAAUUAAAUUUAUCAUUAACAGCACAAGUUUUAAUUGCUUUACAAUUAAAUGUUGAUGUACGUGGUAUACCAGCCAAAUUUUUAACAGGUGCUAUUAAUCGAGGAAAAAUGUGGUUAGAAAAACAUUUUCGUUUAAUUACUGAUGCAUUUGAUAUGUCUAUUGUUACUUAUGCAUUACAUUUAACAAAUAGUGCUGAACAAGAUUCAGCUUUUGCAAUGUUAAUUUUAUUUAAAAAAAUGAAUGAAAAUGGAAUUUAUUAUUCAAAUUUAAAUCUGCCUGGUAUGAUGAAAACAUGGCCGAAUAUUAAUCCACGUUAUGGUCCAAAACCAGUACAAACUGAUUUAGAAGCACAUGCUGUUGCUGCUACAGCUUUUGUAGUUAUGACUUAUACACAAAAGGCUCGAGUUAAAGAAGCCGAACAAUCUGUCUUGUGGCUUCAAUCAAUGCGUAACUUUAUUGGUGGUUGGUCUGCCACAUAUGAUUCUUGUAUAGCUCAACGUGCUAUUGUUGGUUAUGCUGUAUUACGUGGUUUUGAAAUAACUACAUAUAAUAUUCGUAUAAAUUUAACAUCUUCAUCAUCAGUUGAUCAUCAUCAUGAUCCAAUUCUUAUUACGGAUGAAAAUUUAAUUGAAACACAAGUUCGAGAUGUUGAAGAUGUUUGGGGUGUUGUUUAUAUUGAUGGUUUUGGUAAUGGUUAUGCACUAAUUCAAAUGCAUGUUGGUGUUAAUGUUGAAUGGGAUAGUAAAAUUCGUCGUCCAAAUUAUGUUCCAUUUGCUGUUGAUGUUCAACCAAUGAUGUCAGGUCGUAAUUUUUCAACAAUUGAUUAUAAUGUUUGUCUUGGUUGGCGUCCUGAAAAUAUUGAUGUUUUGAAAGCAUCACGAAGUGGAACAGUGUUUAUUGAAAUACAAAUUCCAACUGGUUAUCGUGUUGAAGAAAAAGAUUUGAAAAUGAUGUUACGUGGUUUAUAUACACGAAAUUUACGUGAAGCAGAAAAUUGGCCUGGACAAAUUAAUUUUGGUUUUGAUUAUAUAGAUUUUGAUCCAAUAUGUUUUCAAUUUCAAGCUAAACGUUGGAUACCAGUAGCAAAUAUUUCACGUUAUUAUGAAGUACGAGCUUAUGAAUGGUAUGAGCCUGGAAAUAUGAAUCGAAGUGUUUAUACAUUAAGAAAUUUAUUUGCAUUAGAUAUUUGUGAAGUUUGUGGCUCAUAUCAAUGUCCAUAUUGUCCAUAUUAUAGCCAUGGAACAUUAACUAUGCAAUCGACAAUGAUAAUUAUUUUAAUUCUUUUACGAUUUUUAGAUAUGAAUAUUGAACGGGAAUUUCCUUUACAUGUGGCAAUAUGGAAUAAUGAAACAGAGAAAUUAACAGAAUUAAUUAAAGAAAAUAAAGAUCGAAUCGAACAACUUGAUCCUCGUCAUCGAACUCCCAUACAAUUAGCUGUAUGUUUGGGUCGUCUCGAUGCUGUUCGAUUAUUAGCACAGAAUGAUGCUGAUUGCAAUGUUGUUUCAAAAGAUGGAUGGAACUUAUUGCAAGAAGCAAUAGCAACUGGUAAUCCAGCUUUAGUAAAACUUGUAAUGAAAUAUCGUAAUUAUCAAAGAAAUAUGCAACGUAUUCGUGGUAUUCCAGAUUUAUUACGAAAAUUGAAAGAGUCACCAGAUUUUUAUGUUGAAAUGAAAUGGGAAUUUUCUAGUUGGGUUCCUCUAGUCUCAAAACUCUGUCCAAAUGAUACUUAUAAAAUUUAUAAAAGUGGUCCAAAUGUUCGUGUUGAUACUACAUUACUUGGCAUCGAAGGCACUAGUUGGCAACGAGGAAAUCGAACAUUUAUCUUUUCAUUAUUAGCUGAUUGUGCGAAAAUGAUUGAUAUUGAUCAUGAAACAAAAUCAGCAUAUAGUGAAAAUUUAAGUAUACCAGGUGAAGAAGUUAUUCUUCUUGAACCAAAUAUGGAUCAGAUCGAUGGUAAACUUAUAUCACCUAAUUUAACCGUCUAUCUUGAUGUCGAUAAAAUCGAAUUUGAACGAAGUAAAUCAGGUGUAUGGGGAAUGCGUAAUGAAAAAACUGAAAAUAUCAAUGGUUAUCAAUGUAAAGUUUAUACAGCGAAUAAUUUUGAACUUGUUACACGUACACGUAUUGAACAUAUGUCACCAGAUGAUCGACAAGCUUAUGAAGCUGGACAUGGAUCAAAUAAAAAUUUUCUUGGAGGAGUUUUCAAUUUUCUUGAAUCAUCAGCAUCAUCAUCAAGAUCAACAGCAACAACAGCAGCAGCAGCAACAGCAACCAAUUCAUCAGCAAUGAAAUUAUCAAACGAUCAAACAAAAAAUGUUGAUCAAUCACCUAUUACAUUUGAAGAAUAUUUUAAUAGUCGAGUUGAUCUUAAAAAUAAAAAUAUUGGUCGGCCACGAGAAGAGAAUGUAAAAAUUCAAACAUUUAAUGCUCAAAUAUCUCUUUGUGAUGAAUAUCCACUUAGUCUUCAAGAACAAAUUCUACCUAUUAUUGAUCUAAUGGCAAUAAGUAAUUCACAUUUUAAAAAAUUACGUGAUUUCGUUACACUUCAAUUACCCAAUGGAUUUCCUGUUAAAAUUCAAAUUCCACUCUAUCAUGUUCUUACAGCUAAAGUAACAUUUGGUAAUAUACAUGGUAUUGAUAAAGCUGUUGAAGGUGUAUCAACAAUAAAAGAAAAUUCAAUUUCAUUUUGUGCUGUUGAUGAAAAUAUCUUUGCUGUACCAGCUGGAUAUCGUCGUCAAGGUGAAGGUGAAGGUUUUCAUCCAAUGAUGUAUAUGGAUGAUGAUGCUCUAUUACAAAUGGCUAUUGAAAGAAGCCUUCUAGAUGGAAAUAAUGAAUCUGCUCCAGAUAAUGAUGGAGGUAUAUCAGCAAAUCAAGUUACAUUAUAUGAAGCAUUAGGUCAUUCAGGAGGAGCUCGAGCAACUAGACCAGAUACGAAUAAUCGUUAUGUAGAUUAUGAUUUACAACGUGCUUUGGAAGCUAGUUUAUUAACAUCAGGGUUAAGUGAAAAAGAAAUUGAAGAUAUUCGAAAACAAGAACUUGAACAAUUAGGAACUGGUGGUGCUUCAUCAAAUAAUAUAUCUACAAUUAUGGAAUUAUCCAAACGUGAGGAAGAAGCUCGACUUAAUCGAUUACGUGAAGAAGAAGAAGAACUUGAAAAAAAUCAGAAGGAAUUUACCUAUAUUCCGAUUAUUAGAAUCUGUUUAGUAUUAUCUUCAUUAAUUGAUCGACGCCUCAAAUAA